AUGUCCAAAGAAUCGUUUGAAGUACUCWGUCAUGAGUUGGCACCUCACAUAAGAAAAAAAGACACGAACUUUCGCAAAGCAAUUCCAGUGGCAGUGAGAGUUGCAAUUACUCUAUAUCGUUUGGGUGACACUGCACAUUUUCGGACAAUUUCCCACUUGUUUGGUGUUGGCAAAUCAACUGUUUGCUGUAUUGUGAGACAAGUCUGUCAGUGCAUCGUAGACGUACUUCCAAGAUUUGUACAGUUACCUAGUACAAAGCAAGAGGUAGAGGAGCAAAUGCAGGGAUUUGAGGAGCGAGCCGGGUUCCCACAAGUUGUUGGAGCUGUCGAUGGCUGCCACAUACCRAUCAUGAAACCUAACCAAAAUCCUGAAGAUUACGUUAAUCGAAAGAAAUUCCAUUCAAUAAUCCUUCAAGCUUUGGUGGACAACCUGUAUUUGAUUAGAGAUAUUUGUGUUGGAUGGCCUGGUAAAGUGCACGAUGCGCGCGUAUUCAAAAAUUAUUUACUGCCUGCUGUGAAAGAAGUUUUCUCCCCCAACAAUCUGGCAAAUACAACAAGGAUGGUUGUACAAAAUGCAUUUGGCAGGCUAAAAGGAAGAUUCAGAUGUCUUGGUAAGAGGCUAGAUCUAUCUGUGAAGAUCAGCAUCAUUGUCACUACAGCCUGUUGUGCACUUCACAACUAUUGUGAAAUAAGAAGAGAGGAGUUUUAUCCACAGUGGCUGAAUGGGAUCCACAUCCACAACAACAUCAAUCCAGUCCAAAUCCCUGACAGGCAUGACAGAAAUGCUGAGGCAAUAAGAGAUGCUAUCAAAAGCUACAUAAGAUAG